GUUAGAAUUCCAUGGUUUUGCUCCAUUGACCGACAAGAAAAUGGUGUAGGUUGUUUGUCAAUAUUUUUUUUUUUUAUUGAGAUUGUGCUUUCCUUUUUGCCCAAAAAAUAUUGUAAAUCAAAGAAUUACACCUACAAAUUUUGAUUUACAACUCUAUUCUAAAUUAAUUAUCAAAAACAAUUGUUUCUGACCGUGGGUAAUAUUGAUAUAUUGCGUAGGCGUGUUUAUUUGUUCAGAAAAGUUUGCAUACGCAUUUUUGAUAUUGGUAAAAUUUCGUCAAAAAAAAAAAGGAGGAAGGCACAAUUUACCCGUGAUUUUAAAAUAAUAAAAUUUGGUGCUAUUAGUAUUUUAUCGAAUAGGAUCCAUGAUUUAUAAAAAAAGUAAAGAAAAUGUUGAAGCAGAAAAUCUUAUGGUUGAUGAAAGGGGAGUCUUCUGAGAAUGAAGAGUCAUUUAGGGGAAAUUGCAUUCUAUUUAGUUGAUGCAGAAGAGAGCGUCGUAGAUUAUUUUUAUUUUUCUUUAUUGAAAAUUAUUAUUAUUAAUAUUAUUAUUAUUGUUAGUGAAGCUCAUUCUGAGCUUUGUCAUUGUUCAAAAUCACCAAGUGUUCAAAAAACCACUUUUAAUGAAGCUAAAGUGGCGCGCGUGGGGGCAAGCUCUCUUCUGAGAACGUUCAGCGUCGUAAAAUUGACUUCGAUGAACAAUGAACCAUUCGGGAAGCGGAAAACGUCAGGCGAAGGUUUUGGAAGAAAACUAUUGGGAUUGCAGUGUUUGCACCUAUAGAAAUACAGCAGAAGCAUUCAAGUGCCUCAUGUGUGACGUCCGUAAAGGAACUUCUACGCGGAAGCCCCGCAUCAACCCUCAAUUGGUGGCUCAGCAGGUUGCUCAGCAACAGUACGUGCCACUAUUAAAGCCAGGUAAAAAGGAAGGUGGAAGUGGAGGAAGUACGACAAGUAGCGGAAAGGAAAGAGAACGCAAACUGGAUAAACCAAGGCGUAAGAAUCGACAUCCUCCUAGACUUAAAAAUAUAGAUAGAAGUACUGCCCAAACAAAUGAGGUGACAGUUAAUAAUGUUACUGUCGUUAUUACGGAAUAUAAGCCAAAAGUGAAAAAAAGUUCCGAUCAAUCGGGCCUAUCAAGUAGUGCAUCGUCCGAGAAUGGUAGUCAACAUGACUCCAAUCAAGAUUCAAGAAGUUUGGACAUAGGAACUGACGCUUAAUUGCGAUUCUUGUGUGUCAAAAAAAAAAUCGUCUACGAAAUAUUAUAACUAAUAUAUUAUAUAAUGUAUGUCAACGUUGUCUAUUAUCGUGCAACAUGUGGACAAAAAGGUGUUCUAUCUGCGUUAAAUUUGAAUAAAAAAAAAAAGACAUUUUAUUCUAAUAAUGAAUAACAUAAAUUCUUCUUAAUCAUUAUUAGUAUAAUUUGUUCUAAUUAUAACUUGCAAUUUUGUGAAACAACCACUGCCAGAGAGCAAAUAUAUUAUUUAAAUACUUAAGAAAAAAAAAAUUAUUAGUUAAUUAUAAUUAGUACGUAUUUCCCUUAUAGUGAUUGGCUUUUAAUUAAAAUGAAUAAUAUUAUAUUCAUUUUAGUGAAUAUCUCUGUUAGUAAAAAUCAAUUUUUUUUAAAAAAAAAAUUAAAGUAAAAAGAAUUAAAUUUUAUAAUUUUCAGAAAGUGUGUAUGAAUGAAAUAAUGUAAUGUGUUUUAAGAAAAAAAAAGCGAAUGAAACUCAAUAUUACUAAUGAUGUUUUUUUCUCAAUAAUUUGACAAAAAGACUAUACGACAUUUUUUAGAAUAUAAUUAUUAUAAUGUCGAUUGUUCUUUAUAAUGCGCUCAAUCAAAUUUUGCAAUUGUAUCAAAUUAUUUGUUUCUUUUUUUGUUUUUUUUUUAGUGAAUAAUAUUUUUUUUUUCUAUAUCUUUCACAAUUUCAGUGAAACUAGAAGAUGCGUUUUAUGUAAUGUUUAAUGAAACCUAUAUUAAAAGAUAAGUUUUGUUCUUGUGACAAUUAAUUUUUACACUACACAAUACUUAUAUGUAUUUGAAUUCUGAAAUUCUAUGUACAAUAAAUUUAUACCGUCACUGAAAAUCUAA